CAUUGACUUUCUUUGUAAGGAGCUGAUGGAAGCGGAAUUCCCAGCUCUGAUUACUAUGGGAUAAUUAAAGUAAUUUUAUAAAUGAUGGAACCAGCAGAUUUCAUAGCAUCAUUAAUUAAGACAUUAAAGGGACGUCCCAUUAAGGAAGCCACCAAGAGAAUAUAAAAGCCCUCGCCUCUCCACAGUCCUCCAUCAGCUUCAUCACUUGCCUUCUCUUGCCUUCUUCUCCUCUGAGGAACCGACUCACCUCCAUCACUCAACAUCAUGGCCAACUGUGGACCUGCUUCCGCCGUCCCAUCCUGUGAAGCCACUCCAACCGUUGCCUUUGGAUCCGGAGGCGCCAGAGGAUUAGGCAGAGGUCUUGUCUCUGGCUAUGGCUCUAACUUCGGCUACGGCUCUGGCCUUGUUUCUGGCUAUGGCCUUGGGGGCAACAUCGAAUCUGCAGCCAAUUUGGGAGUCCUCUCCGGAGUCAACCCAUCUUGCAUCAACCAGAUUCCCUCAUCUGAAGCCGUGAUCAACCCACCUCCAUUUGUGGUAACCAUCCCAGGCCCCGUCCUCUCUGCCACCCCCGAGCCUCUCCUUGUUGGAGGCAACACUCCAUGCGCUGUUAGUGGAGUUGGCCUUAGUGGACUUGGUGAUGGAUCUUUUGGUGGGCUCUAUGGUGGGCUUAGGGGACUUGAUAAUGGAUAUUUUGGUGGGGUCUAUGGUGGGAUAAAUCGUGGGCUAAAUUUUGGGCUCCUUGGGGUCCGUUCCGGAUUCGUCGGGAGAAGAGGCAGCAUCUGCGGCUCCUGCAUUUAAGUUCUCACGUACACUUGGCCCAGGAAACGGAACAACGGACCAACAUAUAACCAAAGAUUUAGGUUUAAAUUUAGUUAAUCUGAGCACUCCCUUCCCAGGUCAAGUUCAUGGGAGAUGGGCUGGUGUUCGGCAGAAAUAGAAAUCAGGCCUGUUUCUCUUUCAUGAUUCUGCUUUCAGUCAGAAUGUAUCCCUGUCUAUGUUUCUCUCUUUCCUUACAACCUUUCAGCUGAGCAAAUGAAAAAGCAUAGGAUAUCUGAACUCCUGCUAUGAAUCUAUCACCCAUAUUCAAAGGGUAAACUGGAGAAUCACCAAAUAAGUUAGGAUGAUCUAGAUCUCCCUCUCCUGUUGCCAACAUAAUAACUGUAAUUGUGUAAUGGAGAAAUUGUCGAUCCACCUAUGAUCUUUUUGAUUUGUCUUUUUCUGAACUGCUUGUCUUUCUUUGGCAUUUGCCUACUUUCAAGUCUUUAAUAAAAAAAUGUAUUUGCAUAAUAA